AAGGUACUGCAAGGCUAUAAAGGUCCAGCUGGUUGAACCGGCGAAAGUCGUCCACGGUGUAUAAAUAAUAGUGGGAUACCUUUCCGUUUAGAUUCAGUAUAGAUUGAUCUAUCGUCUUGAUCGCAAAGGCAUCAUGGGACAUCAGCGGGAAUGUCUAAUAGCAUUUCUGUGCCUCGGGAUUGCUCUUACAUCGUCGGCUAGUCGUAGAGAGGACCUUGAAAGGGCUGCUGAGCUCGCAGUAGAAAGGGCAGCCGAAAGGGCAGCCGAGAGGGCAGUGGAAAAGAAUCUUGAUAGUGGGAAUACCACGACGGAAUCCAAGCUUAUUCGCGAGUCUUAUUCCAAUGUUAGAAAAGAUCCGCAAAAGGAGAAGAAGGAAGACGACGAUUACAGAGAUAGUGGCGAGUUCGAAUCGGUGGACGAUGAAUUCGAGCCAGAAGAAGACGCGGACGAUUGGAGCAAAUAUUCACGAGAGCCAAUAUUCGCGUCUCGACGCACGAGAGACAAAGAUUUUCCUGCAUGGUCCAGCAAGAUCGAUGUCAAAGAUACGGAUAUCUGGAGAAGAUUCCCGAGAAGCGAAUGGUCCGACGAGGACACGAGGGAUGAACCGAACGAGAAGGUUGUGACCGUGGAAAAGAAAGUGCCUGUACCCGUGACGAUUGAGAAGAAAAUUCCGUACUCGGUCUACAAACACAUUCCUUACGAGAUCAAAGUGCCCGUGCCGCAGCCUUACACGGUGGAAAAGAGGGUGCCUUACCCGGUCAAGGUCUACGUGAAUGUACCGGUCGAGGUGCCGGAGCCUUAUCAAGUCGAGAAGCAAGUUCCUUACGAAGUGAAGGUCGACAAUCCUGUGCCGUACAAAGUCGAGGUGCCAGUGCCGCAGCCGUUUACGAUCGAGAAGAGGAUUCCAGUCGAGGUAAAGGUACCGGUGCCGCAGCCGUACACCGUCGACAAGCCGGUGCCGUACGAAGUCAAAGUACCGGUCAAGAUACCGACCCCGUACGAGGUCGAGAAGAAGGUACCAGUACCGGUGAAGGUCACCGUCGAUCGGCCGUACGCGGUACCAGUGCCGAAACCGUAUCCGGUGGAGGUCGCCAGACCGUAUCCGGUAGAGGUGCCCAAACCGUAUCCAGUGAGAAUUAAAGUACCCGUGGAGAAACCGUAUCUGGUGCCGGUCGAGAGGCCGGUUCCGGUGCCUGUCAAAGUGCCGCAGCCUCAGCCGUAUACCGUGGAGAAACCUGUGCCGGUGGAAAUAGUGAAACCGUAUUCCGUCCCAAUUAAAGUACCCGUGGACAAGCCUUACGAGGUGUACGAGACGAAGCCGAUAAUCGUCCCGGUGAAAAAGCCCUUCCCGUACGUCGUGCAAGUGCCGAUACCCGUCAAGCUCGGUUGGAAGGAUCGAAACAUCAAGGAAGAUCUGCUAGAGAGCGAAAGCACCGACACCAAAUUACUGUGGCGACCGCAAUGGUUAAAUCGCGAAUCAUUCAAUUGAUAAAACCGCACAUGUUUGUACUGUUCGCCGCAAGCAAUUCAUCAUACUGACGCCGUGUACACGGAUAUUUUGCAUGAAAUCGUGACAAGUACAUUUUAUGUAA